UAGCUGAAGAUGGCUUGGACACACACCUCCAGUCAGACUCAGCUCUGCCUGCAGCGUGGAGCUGAUUCAGUGGGAGAGAGAUCCUAACUGCUGAAAAAGAAAGAAACUGCAUGAUUAUAUUCUUCAACAUCUGCUGAAGAGAUCUGCCAGUAUAUGUGUAUUUUCAGCAGCGGUGAAACAGUUUGAUUCCCUGAUGGCUCCUUCCAGCUGGCUAGUUCUGCUGCUUCCUCUGCUGAGCUGCAUUUCAGCUGGAUUGGCCUGUUUCUGUGACCGCUACCCCUGGGGAUCUUGGUCUGUCUGCUCCAGGACCUGCAAUUAUGGUACACAACACAGACACAGGAAAUUUCAGCAUGAUGAAUACUUCUGGAAGAGCAGCUGCCAUCAGCUGUGUGAGAGACAUGACAGGAGAGCUUGUAAUGAGCAAGCCUGUCCAAUCAACUGUCAGCUAACGGAGUAUGGGCCUUGGUCCGACUGCUCACCCUGUGCCAAGAAACAGUUUCGGACGCGGUUUGUUGCAAGGCCAGCCCAGUUUGGUGGAUCAGCCUGCAGUGAAGAGCUGACAGAGGAGAGGCCUUGUUACCCCUCCACACAGUGCAAAUUACCCCCCAUCAACUGCAGAGAUGACUUUCAGUGUGAUAACGGUCGCUGCAUCAACGCAACACUGACGUGCAACAGGCAAAACGACUGUGGAGAUAACUCAGAUGAGAGAGACUGUGCUGACCUCAAAAUUGUGUGUCCAGUGGAGAAGAGAGUGGCCCCUGGGGCCGACCUGGUGGGGAACGGGUUUGAUGCUCUGGCAGAAGAGCCAAGGGGAGCAGUGCUGGACAACAUGUUUAUGGGAGGAUCAUGCAUCAUUAAGAGGCCUCCAAGCACUCUGCUGUAUCACAGAGUCCCUCACAACUUUGAGACCUUGAACAUCAAGGCUGCCGUGGUGGAGGACUUCAGCACCGAGCCCAAGCCUCUGAUCACCCAGGUCAUCAACAUGAAGCAGUCAACUUCAUCUGAAAGCAACCAACAAGGACAAGGACAAUUUUCCUUUCCCAUCUUUUUCUUCAGCGGGAGAUCUAUGACAAACUCAAACUCUAAGAAGGCUGCUUUUGAAGCUUCAAAGACAACAGACUCCAAGUUUUUGAGAGUCCACCAGAUUCUGCCAGUGUCUACCUUCAAGGUGAGGGACCCGAGGGACCUCGUCCUGUCACAGCCUUUCCUCCAGUUCCUCCACGCUCUUCCUCUGGAGUACAACUACGCCCUCUACAGGGAGAUCUUCCAGCGCUUUGGGACACACUACUACAGCUCAGGGGUCCUGGGAGGCCACUAUGACUUGCUGUACCAGUACAGCCGAGAGGAGCUCAAGAGCUCAGGUGAAACAGAAGAGCACAUUGUGGGUUGUCUGAAUCGAGAGCUCACCUGGUCUGUCAUUCUCUACACUGAGCACAGUCAAGUGAGCCGAUGCACUGACAGCAGGAUGACCCAGAAAUUUCAAGGCUCAUACGUUCAGGCAUCAGAGAAGUCUUUCUCCUUGGUGAAAGGAGGUCGGACCAGAGAGGCAGCAGCUCUGGCCUGGGAGAGGCAGGGACCAGCUCCGGACAAAACUUCCUACAAGAACUGGGCCAAAUCAGUGCUUGAGAAUCCAGCAGUGGUCGAAUACAAGCUGCUUCCCAUCGUUGAUCUGGUCAGAGGGAUCCCGUGUGCUGUCACAAAGAGGAGACACCUGAGAAGGGCACUGCUGCAGUAUUUGGAUGAGUUUGAUACCUGCAAGUGUGCUCCCUGUCCAAACAACGCCAGGCCAGUUCUCUCCGGCACCGAGUGCAAGUGUGUUUGUCAAACUGGCACAUUUGGCACAAACUGUGAGAGAAGAGCUCCAGACUUCACUUCAGAGGGAGUGGAUGGCUACUGGAGCUGUUGGGGUCCAUGGAGCAACUGUGGAGCUACAAUGAAGAGACGUCGAACAAGGAGGUGCGAUAACCCAAGUCCUCUCAGAGGAGGACAACCCUGCACAGGUCCUGACAGACAGGAGGAGCCGUGUUACAUCUCCAUCUUUGAAAAACAGAAUACAUGUGAUAAUGAUGAUGACUUUACUGAAGGCUGGAUAGAUGAGUUGCCUCCUGGUGUGCAGGGCUGCCUGAGGCCACAGAGACCUGAAAACAGCUUCCUCAGGAAAGCAAAGCAGUAUUAUGACUUUGGGGAGGAUGAGGAGUUCCAGUGCUUCACUGGAUUUGACCUUGAGGGUUUUCAGUAUAUCAGCUGUCUCCCUGAUGGGACAUGGAGCCAACCAGGAGGAAGAUGCAUCAGGAGACUGUGCCUGCCUCCUGAGAUCCCUGACGGCAUGACGCUGUUCCCCACCAAAGACGAGUACAGAGUGGAAGAGUCUGUGGGUUUUAACUGUAAUGAGCCUGGUCUGCUGCCAGUGCCUUCAGGUUUCUAUAAAUGCAGCAGCAGUCUCACCUGGGAACCUCCUUUACCUGCUGACCUUCGCUGCACUAAUGAUGAGCCGUUUGUUCCUGAUGAUCAGUGUGGUCCAGGAGAGAGACGACAGAACUCUAGGUGUGUCUGUAUUCAGCGGGAGAGCUGCCUUUCACAACCCCAGAGUCUCUGUAUCCUGAAUGUAGACAUUGGAGUCACUGUCCCGAUGUCCCUCUGCUCCUUUCACGCUGGUCGUUGCCAUGGUGAUCCACUUUUCUAUGUCAGCGACGGCUCGUGUGAGGGAGUCGACUCAUCCAAACUGGAGUGGGUCAAGUUCAGAGCCCAGGUGUCCAAUAAGAGCUCUGUGCAGGAGCCAUGUGAUCUGGACACAUGUUUUGAGUGGGAGACCUGCUCAGCAUCCAAGAAGUGUGAGUGUCGAGCAGCUCGGGACUGUCCCAGAAAUGAAGAGCACCAGUUCUGUGUGAAGCUGACGAGGACUCAGAGGACUCGCAGCAUGGAUCUCUGCUCUAUGGCUGCUCUGAAAUGCGUCAACUAUCAGUUUGAGAUUCUCAAUGAGGGAAGCUGUGAGUCCUGAUAAACCAGGUUCAACUUCUUAAUAACUGCUUCUUUUCAAUAAUACUGUGUGCUUCUUUAGAAACAUUGUGGACUCUAUCAAAUAUUGCACUAUUCUGUUCAUCAAAUUUAUAUUUCACCGACAAGACGAUAUACAGUCCACACACCAAAUACAGCUCAGAACUAAAGAUUCGUGGACUUUGAAACAAAGAUCAUCACUGCUCACAGUGAAGGUUUUGUGUUUAUCUGGAUGCUUACAGAGCCUGUUGUCUGAAAAUAGCCAGAUAGCAGCAUAAGACCAUGGAAAUCAAAGUAAUGUUCCAUUUCACAACUGUUUCUCUGAAAAAAAUGUUCAAAAAGUCCUAUGGCACAGAACUGAAUUAGUGGUCAAAAAACUUUGUGAUGACUUUGACUAUUGUCUAUUUUUUUUAUUUAUUUAUCUUUAUCAGCGGGUACUAGAGAACAAGGUAUUUCUGUUUAGAGCAGUGAUCAUCAACUGGAAUUCACUUAUUGCAGAGGCUGAAUUCUUUUGGUGGUUCUGGUGGCAUUUUAUCUUGUUUUUUUUAUCAUUCUCUAAAAGUCUUUUAGUCCAGUUGAAGGACUUGAGCUCAGUCUGGAGGAAAUGGCCACAUUCUCUGCUCCAACUUUUUUCUAAUGCCGAGAGCUACAGUACCCCCCCCAAAGAAAACUUAUUCAGUGGAUACGUAAACUAAUCUAUCUCUUUAGCUUACAGCCUGCUGAACACUAAGGGCUGUAAUCGUAUUGUGGUUGGUGUUCUGCCCCACCCAGUAGUGUCGAUGUUAAUGUCAACUUACCUGCUGUGUUUUGUAAGUUUCUUUGAAGUUGAUGUGAUGUCAGUUGAAGCGGCAUUUAGCUAACAGAUAUGCUAAUGCUACCAUGCUAAUAAGCUAGUGCUACCCAGCUAAUAGGCUAAACCUGUGUGAUUUAUGUUUAGACAUGCUGUAUUUUAUUUUUGUGUAAAAUGUUAGUGGAACUGUUUGUAUUUUUGCAGUUUCACAGUCAAGAAAGAAACAUAGCACAAAGUAAACUUCAUGAAAGUCAUCUUUUUAUGGAGUUCUUUGGGGACUGUUUAACUGGUGGGAAAGCUAGCAUUGGAAGUUAAUAAAACCUUCAUAGUUGGCACUCA